CCACCAACACGAGGGAGACGCCAGCAAAGCGGAGUGCGCCUUAUGACAUUCAUACGUACGUGGUGUGUUGGACGCUCAAGCGCUCAUGCCUCACGGCUCGGGAUCUCGACCUCGGAUUAGUGUUUUAAGUGUGACUGCCUCGGCGCGGUCCGAGCAGUGAGGUAAGGCUAACAAGCCCGGAUGGUAAGUCGUUUCCGAAACAAGCUACCGACGUAUGCCAGUGAUAUCCGCCCGAUUUGGACUACCCGCUCAUCCGCACGACAUGUCCGCCUAUCCGUGCCGCCUCGACAUUGGCUAUAUAAUCAGCACGAUGCAGCUACAUUCCGCAGACAUUUUCAGACAACACCAUGGCCUUCGCGAUGACAGAGUCCAUGCUCCCGCCUCUGCUUGACGACAUAGACGAGCCCCCGCCUUUGGAAGACGCUACAGACGCGCCGGCCGCGUCGGUACCAGAUAACAUGGCCAUGCGCACGCCGUCCCCUCCCCGCGCCGAUGCCCUCCUAUCGAUGAUCCGCUCCUUCACGGUCGACGAUGACUACUUCGAGCGACGAGCUUUGCGCCGCACUUGCAUCCAGAAUCAUCCGGUGGACGACUUCCACCCGCAGUACAGCGAGAUAAUCCCGGGCCUUUUCGUCGCCGACAUGUACACGGCAACCUCAUCUGCCGUCAUUCGCAGCCUGGGUAUCACCCACGUUGUCUCCGUGCUCAAGAACGACUGCCCCCAAUACCCGAACGAUCUGCAGCACAUCUGCGUCCCCAUCGAGGACAGGCGGUCCGCUGGGUUAUUGAACCACUUCGACUUCGUCACGGAUUGGAUCCAACAAGCGCUGCAGCAAGGCGGCCAGGUCAUGGUGCACUGCGUUUGGGGCAUGAGCAGGAGUGCGAGCGUCGUCAUAGCCGUCCUCAUGUCGCUCAGGAGGAUGUCGCUGGACGAAGCCUACAGACACAUCGUAUCUCGGCGGAAGAUUGUGCGGCCGAACAGCGGGUUCAUGUGCCAGCUGAAGGUCUACGAGCAACUCUUGAGGGCACGGGAGGCGAGGCUCAAGCGGCCGCGGAUGCAGAGGGCCUCCGCACCGAUGAAGGUGGAGGGGUUACAGUGGCGGUGAAGAAAGGGUCACAGGGGGUCACAAAUUGCGAGGUGUACAAUAGC